AUGUCCAAACUAGCCGAGGCUGUGCUUAUGAUCAUGGAUGGCUCAUUUGGAUCCAGCAAGCCCCGAUCCCAUCGCGUCCGCAACAAACAUGUCCCGGUCGCUGCCGCCGCCCUCGGCCUCGCCUUCCUGCUGGUCUGGCCGGAGCUGCUGGCCACGCGCCUCUCGCUCGCGGCCGACCGCGGCAUGGACUCGAAGCGCGCGUGGGCCUACGCCGGCCUGGCCCUCUACGCCGCCGGCCUGCUCUCGCUGAUUGUCGGCAUCGCGACCCCGUGGUCGCUGUUGCAGCCGCCCGGUUUCGACUCGUUCGGCUCGAUGGACGGCGGCUUCGCGGGCCUCAUCCUCCGCGGGCCCGCGUGUCUCGCGCUCUUCGAGACCCUGCUGGCCGGCCUCACGCUCCCGUACGUCCGCCUGCGGAACCUGCGCGGCCUGGCCCGCGGGAAUGACGUGUACCCCGCCGUCAACGGGCCCGCGCUGGUGCAGCAGCCCUAUUCCGACGAAAACGAGGAGGCUCGACAGGAGGGGUUGGGGGUGGCAUACCAGGAUCGCGGAUCGCUGGGAGAUAUUUUUGCUUUCCAGGCUCUAGAGGAGGCUCGACAUGAGGAAGGCUCGGGCAGGGCUUGA